AUGAAAGCACCUGAUUUUUUCCGGAACCCUGGUCUCAGGUGCGACUUCCACCGCGACCACAAUCAUAAAACGGAGGACUGCGUCGCACUGACGAUCGAGGUCAACGGAUUGCUUAAGAAAGGACAUCUCGGGGAGUUCCUUUCCGGAAAGGCCAACAGCCAUCUAAGCAAGGAGAUAACGGGAAAGCCCACUGAAGCUGCUCCCAUCUCGCCACCUCGACAGGACCGAGUGAUUCACGUCAUAUCGGGGGGGUUCAAAAAUCAGCAGCAUAAGCCACACGGCCGCAAAGAAGAACACUUGGAACGCCAAGCAUGGCGUGGAGACAGGCAAACCGAAAUGCCUGCUCCUGGGUAUAGACGAGAUAAGGUUCACAGCCAAGGAGCAGGAAAGGGUUCUCACCAUCACGACGCCCUGGUCAUAUCGCUCACUGUAGCAAAUUACCUGGUGAAAAGGAUACUGGUAGAUAAUGGAAGCUCCGGCAACAUCAUCUUCCUGGCCGCAUACAAGGAUCUGGGGCUGGAGGAAAGCGCUCUAACGCGGAAGAUAACUCCGCUAAUAGGGUUCAUCGGAGAAGUCAAGCAGACCACCGGAGAGGUGACCCUCCCGGUGUACGCUGAAGGGAUUAACAUGUCAACCAAGUUCCUUGUCGUUGACUGCAAAUCAUCUUACAACAUGAUCCUGGGGCGCCCCUAG